UCGCCUUCCCCCCUCUCUGUGUGACUCAUCAUGUCACGUUAUUCAAGGGCUCUUCUUCAUGUCGUAAGCGAAUGUUUAUUUUUACGGCUGACUUGAUCCCCCCGCUCAUUUCAAAUUCUGUUCCGCUUCCUUUUCCAUUUUUUUGGGCUCGCUCUUGUUUAUCCGGUUUGCGUGCAGGACGGAAAUGAUUGCUAACAAAUAGCCACAGGCUCGUCUCAGGGUUGAUAGAGCUAAACAACGUCCUCGCAAUUUUUUGCUCUCGUCAUCUGCAAUAUGCUUUGUUGAACCGCAACAAUAGAAUACAAAUUGUGUUUACGCUAUAGCCUCGAUGUUCAACUACUUCUCCCAACAUUUUCUCUUUCUAAUUAAAUAGAAAGACCCACGCUGAUCUUUUUUUGAAUGUUAACAGAGAAACUGUGUAUGAGAAUAAACCAUAUAGUCUGACGUCAUUGUGCUCAAAUAUAGUAGCAUGUUGGAAGGACGGGUCACAAGAAUCAUCGAGAAUUAAUGGAAAGCGCAUACGGGAGCAGCGCAAGUUGGAUAGGAAAGCCGGAUUAUCUUUCACGUAGACAUUAGUUUUUGAAUUUGACACGAUGUGUUUUUACGUGCUCGUUCUCUUAUGCGGGAUUCAUUUAAAACGAUUGGUUUCAAUCGCCUUUUAUCGAUUGCGCGUCAGCAAUGCGCUUGUUUCACGAAUACGCGGUAUAAGGUUUUCAUAGCACGGCUGGCAACGUCUUCGUUGAACGGAAUGCUCCCCGGUCUUGCAAAGAACCACCGGCACAGAAUCCCGAAUUUCCGUUGGAUUUUCUAAUGCCCCCGCCAUCUAGUGCUCCCGCGAACAACCAAACAGUCGAUCGUGAAAAACGAAAAGCGAUUCGUAAAAAUGAAAAUGGCCGCCAAAUUUGAUUUGAAAAUGGAUGCGACGCCCUUGUUUGUCACGGUUUUGUGGAUCAGGGUAAUUUUUAGUCAACUCAGCCGUUGCCAUAUCUUGGAACUGAUGUCAGAUCAAAUCGAUCAGUUUCAACGACGCAGUUUCACACGAACUCUCAAAGGAUAUACGUUUCCACGUGUUUUUUCCCGAAGCGGACGGACCUGUUGCACGUGACAAUGGAUUCAACGAUGGACAUGUGUACUUAACAUUUUGGCGGUCACUGAAGUUGUAAUUCAAACCAGAGGUGUAUAAUGCAAGUCAUUAAAGCCCGACCUAUUUGGACUGUAUACGAUUUGCUCAUUACUUCGGUAACCAGACGAUGUAAAGAAAACUUUCGUAUAAAUAGAAUUGCUGAAGAUUCGAUUUUCACCGAGCGAAGAGUCAUUACAUGAGGCCGAAUUCACCGCAACUGUGACAGCCGAGUCCCGACGAAGAAGCCCUUCUCGUUAUUGGAUACAAUUUUUCGAAUUUCCUUGGAAAUUGCAAGAGCAGCAGACGAAACGGUGCAUCUAUUUUGGGACUGUUGACUCGAUUGAAUAUCAGCGUGAUUCGUGCGUGGGGUCAAGUCGUUAAAAUGCCGCUGUUUAUCUCGUAGCGUCAUUAACAAGAUAACCCAGAAAAAAGAAACCGUAGGGAAAAUUGGCGAUAUAUUCAAAUAACCUUGUUUCAGAGGGUCGUCCAAAUGGUUCAAUGAUGAACAGUCAUGGCAAUUUAAGGCUAUACUCAUCCUGCCACACAUCACACACACACACAGUAUCAAUUUCACUGGAUAGUUAAAAAAAUAAAAAUAAAAACUAGUAAAACAAGAACAUUUAUUUUUAGACCUCGCUUCUUCGGUUUGGGUCCAACCAAACAAUUUUCAAAUGUCUGUUCCAUUGAGGGAAAGUUGUGCCCCGUGACUUCGUUGUUCCAACUUUGCGUUCACGUCGCAUCCAGGUGGACGCUUAGGAAAAUGUGCAAUCUUUUCUAUCCCCGUCGGUGCUUAUUACUAAGUUCGCACAGAGACACCGGCCAAAGGCAAUUCUAGCCACUCGCGAGACAGACAGUGAAAAUCGCUUAUUUAGCAUUCGGACUUGGGAAAGCCAUUAUGGUCAAUCGUCGGCCAUCAAUCAGUGUGGUCGACUGUCGCUUUUCUUUUUCGAACCCCUUACCGUCUUCGUUACCGAAUAGGGACACAAUGUCGCCGAAAUGAUUGUCGUUUAUUCCGUUCAGUUGUGCGCGCCCGCCGAUGCCACGCGUUCGGCACUCAAAGGUGUCCGCUGAAAACCAAAACCAAAACAAAACAAACAAACAUUUCACAAGAGUCUGCGCUUGUCGUUUGCGGUUCUGGUUCUUUUGUUGCACCGCGAAAAAUCGCGGCUUUGUGUAAAGAAAUCAGAUCCGACGUUCGUCAAACGUAUUUUGCCCUUUUGGCGGGAUUCAUUUCAAAUAGAAUGCAAUCAAAUUGAAAAUAGUCAAAGAAAUUGGAAGUCCCGAGUAAAAGCGUCGUACGACUUCAUGUCCGAGUGGGAAAAAGGAACUGUUUUGACGAAACCUAAUGAGAAAGAAUAUUAAAUUAGAUAAGAUAGUAUACUUGUUUUCGUUUUUUCUUGUUGGCCGCAUGCAGCAAGUGAGUUAAUGGGAAGUUAAAUUCAUCCGUGACCGAGUCCUAAUAGCCUGCCCGCGUUCACGUCCCGCACGGGCCAAAACCAGAUGAGGACACAUCGUAAAUGGGCAAGAGAAACAAGGGCGUGCCUUUCAUUCAGCUCAUCUGAAACAUGUUGGGAUACAUAAAAGCUGCCAUCAACUAGCGAUAACUAAGCAAAUAAAAUUCCCAUUUUUUUUACCAAUAAGGUCAAUCGUUCUCAAUGAACUUUAAUCGCGUCUCUUCAUCUCGAAUAAAAAAUUGCUCGGCUAAAAAAUUCAAGCGAACGCAUUUGCACAUUCCAAUACCCGGAAGGGGCCACCUGAUUGGCCAAUAUCGGUCACUGAUGUAGACAUUAAAAUUAUAUUAUAGCUUACUUUCCAUUAAUGCUCUUUCCACUUGCCGGUGGUAGCCGACCGGGAGCCAUGUGGGCCGCUGGAGAGAGCGCAGCGGUGCUGCCGCCAACACCACAGGACCCAAUGACAGUCGAUCUACAUAUUAAAUAAGAAGAGGAAGCGCUCGUCGAUGGAGGUUCAGUCGCCUGGCCCGCUCGCAUCUCAUCGCGCACGAUCGCCUGCCUGACCCAAAAGCACCCGCAUUUCGGCAUAUCGUUUCGCGCAAAACAUCAACCAGUGUCAAGCCAAAGCCGUUGCUGAUUUACCGGCUUAGUUAUUUGCUUUACGUGCCUGGAUAUAUAUAGGGUAAGGCGACACCCUAUAUUUGCAGAGAAAGAAAAAAAAACAAUAAAAGGCAAGGAAAGAAACGAGCGGAACUAAAAUGAUCGUUUCAUCAACAGUCGGGAGGUGUUGGAUGGCUUACCUGCUGCUCGUGACCCACGUCGUUUUGACAUCCUCCAGCCCAAUCUCAAAGCAAAGGGCUAACGAAAAAACAAAGAAACUAUGCGGUUCAGAGUUUAGCGAUCGCCUCGAAAAGGUCUGUGCUCUUUACAAGGGUACAUGGCUGAAUCCGUCUUCUAUAAGCACCGAACGCUUGGAAGGAAGCGAUUUGAACGCGCAGGGUGAAGUUGAAAGAACGGAACACCGACGUUCUCCCACGAGGAACGAAUGCUGUCUGAUCGGUUGCACUCAGGAAGAUUUGGAAAGCUAUUGCGCAGUCAUCAGGAAUCAAACAACAGUACAAUCGCAGAAUAGUCAAGAGCUGAGCGCUGCCUUGAUGACGGAAUUGAUUCCUGAAUCGUCGGAAUUGUUACCGACCACAGAGACUCCAUCGGAUUCUACACCUGAAUACAUCCUCAACGAGUCCUUAGAACAAGAAGCUCUGACUAUAUUGUCAACCUACAGGACACCGCAGUACAGCAUCAACAGUCUGCAGUUCCUCUAAAGGUCCAAUCCUUU